AUGGAUGCAAACAAUCCUCCUCGGAAGAAACGCUGGGGGCGAACGAAGCCAAGUCAUUCAAACCCUCAUUUGGUAGAGGAGAGAGGCAGGACGACAGCCAGUCCUGAUCCGUCAUCUCUCUCGCCUUCGAGGAAUGGGUCUCAUGAAAGACGUUCGGGGUCAGUUCUCAAGAUCUUUGGCAAAGUGACCAAGCGCUUCGCUCGAAGCGGUCGACAAUCUCCUAACCCUGAACGCACGGCUGCAAGUUCCAGCCUGCAGGACACCCAACCUGUUCAGUCAGCUAAGGAUCUCACCGCUCCCACUCUCGAACCAAAUUUUGGGCAGUCUUCCAAUUCAGAGAUUGCCGAACAUCUCGACCCGAAGGUUGUGCACGAUAAAAUCGCCAAUGCUGACAAAAGUCUCGCAGACGCCGGCCACGUCCCAACAAUACUCCAAGAUGCUUCUUCCGCGACCAACGACCUACCAUCUGUGUCUGAUGCGAUCGAUACGUUCUCUGUGUUGCUCAAACCCUUGAAGGCAUUCAACUCCAUCGCCAACACAAUUGCAGAUGUCCAUCCCUACGCGAAGGUGGCGCUGAGCAUCUUCACUUGCGCAUCCAAGAUGAUUCUCCAUCAGGCAGACCGUGAUGUCGCUGUUCGCCUUCUGCUCUCAAAGAUAUCUGAAGUCUAUACUUUCAUCACGGAGAAGGAGGAAUUGGCCAAGAUUGAAUCUAUGCUAUCAAUAUACGUGAAGAUAGCACAGCAGACACUGGUGUGCGCUGAUUUCAUCAGCCAUUACUCUGAGACGAAGAGUGCCUGGAUAAGACUUGGCAAGCACGUUAUCGGCGAAACGGACACCACGAUCCAGAACUACAACAAUGUCCUCGACAGUCUUAUGCAGCAAUUCCGAGACCGGGCGGUUUGUGAUACCGUUGUGAUGGUCCACCAUAUGGCUGAGGUUUUGGACCUCAUAGGCAUGGAGUACGCAACUGGCGCCGGAUUGAAUAAGUCUAAAUGUUGUUUGCCAAAUACUCGGCAAGACCUUCUGAAGGAUAUUCAGGACUGGAUCAGCAGCACCGAGGAGGGUGCUCCACGGAUCUUAUGGUUGUCUGGCACAGCAGGCAAGGGUAAAUCGGCCGUCGCCCAUACAAUAGCCAAGUGGUACAUGGAACGCGGCGGUCUUGGCUCAUUCUUCUGCUUCGAUCGUACUCGGCAAGCGGAUCGCCGUCAAGACAAAAUAUUUACGACCAUCGCAAGCGAUUUGGCGGACUGCAACCCUAUCUUGCGGCGAGCGUUGGCGCAGGCAGUUCGCGAUCACAACGGACUCAAGCGGACUGCAGAUAUCGCAAAACAAUGGCAGGAACUGAUUGUGGGACCGACAAAGAUAGCGUCAAACGCCAUCGCUGCACCCGUGCUGAUAGUCAUUGAUGCAUUGGACGAGAGCGGGGAAGCUAAUUCUCGGGAACAGAUUCUUCGUCUACUCGCUGGCAAAUUAAACACUUCCACUUCACAACUAUCCGACCUCCCAGCCAACUUCCGCAUUCUUCUCACUUCCCGUCCCCUCGAAGACAUUCACGACACUUUGCACGCCGAACCACAUGUUCGCCACGUUUCUUUGGAUGGUAUCUCGUCUGCAUCCACAGAACUCGACAUACAGCUUUAUAUCUCCCACAAGUUGAAAGACCUGCAUCACGUCUUCGACGAUGGGCACUUCAAGGCGCUUGCCCUAAAAUCCGACGGCCUGUUUGAAUGGGCUCGUCUCGCCUGCGAGUAUAUCAAGGGUACGAACAAAGUGGGCCUGGGUCCGGUGGGUCGUUGCAAAGCCGUGAUUACUGGAACGUCUGAAAAAGGAACGCGUCUGUUGGAUGAUAUUUAUACACGCAUCUUGAGAGAUAUCAUGCCGGAGGACGAGCGCGAGGAAGCUAUUCCGGUGUUUUGCUCGGUGAUGGGGCAAGUCCUUGCCUCGUUGGAACCACUUCCCAUGCAUGCGUUGACGGCUAUGCGGCUGCAUUUUCCAGAAGGGACUUGCGAUUACGAAAUGGACGAGGUCCUUGGGCCAUUGGGAUCCCUUUUGACCGGCACUUCGGAUUCCCAUACUCCCAUACGUCCCCUUCACGCAUCAUUCUACGACUUCCUCACAACCAAAUUGCGGAGUCAUGACUUCUGUGUUGAUGCAACAGCGGUGCAUGAAGAUCUUGCCUUCGCAACGCUUCGGAUCAUGGAAGACAGACUUCGCUUCAACAUCUGCUCCUUAGAGAAUUCGUACUUGCCCAACUCUUCCGUCCCCGAUUUGGAGAAACGAGUCAAAGAAUCCAUUCCAGCCGAGCUAUCAUACUCAUGUCGGUUUUGGGGCACUCAUGUUGGCUCUAUGUCCUUUGAAUCACCGCUCGCUAAGGAAGUCGAGGCUUUCUUCGAUGAAGAGCGCCUUCUUUGGUGGUUGGAAGCUCUGGCUCUGAUGAGAAGCCUCGGUGGCUCGACAGUGACCCUCUCAUCAAUUGCAGAUUGGUUUUCGGGUCAUGCCGAGUUGAAGCAUGUUAGUGACGCUAUCAGGGAUACCCUACGUUUUGUCCGCACUUCCGCACCCACCAUUAUACGCAGCACUCCCCAUUUAUACCUGUCCGCUCUACCAUUCGCUCCAACGCAGUCAAGAAUAUUUCGGAAGUUCGCCGCAAAGUUUCCUCACACCCCCCGCAUUGUCGCUGGCCACGUCGAAAAUUGGCCUCCGAUGGAAAAGAUAAUCCACGCGAAUCACGAGGUUUACUCGGUUGCAAUGUCACCAGACAGAAAACGCAUUGCAUGUGGUUUACACAAUGGAACGAUCCAGGUGUGGGAUACGGAGACUGGCGAGGCAUUGUGUGCCCCUCUUCAAGGCCACACUCACACUGUUGCGUCUGUCGCAUUCUCACCGGAUAGACAUCGCAUUGUUUCAGGUUCAGAGGACUACACAGUCCGGGUGUGGGAUGUAGCAACCGGCAAGGCAUUGGGUACCCUCCAAGGGCACACUGGCUGGGUUUAUUCCGUCGCAAUCUCGCGGGAUGGAAAUCGCAUAGUAUCGGGCUCAGAUGACAGGACGAUCAGAGUGUGGGAUAUGGAGACUUGCGAGGCAGUGGGCACCCCUCUCCGAGGACAUACCGACUACGUUCGCUCCGUCGCGAUCUCCCCAGAUGGUCAUCGCAUCGUCUCUGGUUCAGAUGACACGAUGAUCCGGGUGUGGGAUAUGAAGACUGGCCAGGGAGUGGGUACCCCUCUCCAAGGCCACACCGACUAUGUUAUGUCUGUUGCAAUCUCACUGGAUGGGAAAUGCAUCGCGUCUGGUUCAUGA